AAUCUGUGAUCAACAGCGGUUUUGUUUCCAUAAAAUAACAAAUCUAAAAACUAUUUUUUAGAGGAAGAAAGUCGGUGUCUGUCGCCUCUAACAACCAAUUCUCACACACGCAUCCCUCUCUGUCUCUUUCAUCUCCCCCAGAAUUCCUUCACCUAUCAAGCUUGUUGUUGGGUCGCAAGUUUAUAUCAUUUAUAUAUAAUAUCUCUUGUUGUCGAUAUCCAAUCCUUCUUCUCUUCUUCCUGUUGAUUUGUUGUUGUUGAGAGCUUUCUGUGAUUGUAAAGUUUGAAAAUUUAUCAUUAAUCUGAUUGAUCACGUUUGAUGGUUCUUUUGGGAGCUGGAUUGUUGUGAGAGCGAUUCCUGUUAAUGAAGAAGGAUGGGAUUGGAAUCGGUUGGGGUUUGGGUUCGUUGAAUUGGAGGAGGAGCUCGACGCCCAAUUCGACAAUCGGGUUGGCGGGUUGGUCCGAUCGGUAAUUGGUUGAUUGAAUCGUAUUUUUGUCGCUUUGUAUUUGUUGUGUGCGAAGAAGGUUAUUGUGGAAUCAAUGUUGGAGGCAUUGGGUGAGGUCAGUUUCUGGGUCGGUGCUUGAUUUUGGGACUUCUGGGUCUGUGCCAUGGAUGAGGUCGGCCGUGUCAAUGACACAAAAGAAUCGGGAGGCUGUGGUACCAAGGAAUUACCAUCGUCAUCGGCGGCGGUGGCUGGGGGCUUUGUUUGGAAGCCGAGUCAGCUCGUGUUUAGUCCUUAUGAAACUGUGAACAAGGCACGAACUUUGCGCGUUGUUGUCCGAAAACCUCUGGCGGCAAGACUAACCAAGGAAAUAGUUGAGACGUACCAAAUAUGCAAUCCUCAGUUUAAGUAUUCAGAGGAACUAAAUCCUAAGAGAUAUUUGACCAGCCCAUCCAUUGGAGUCCAAAAUGAUGGCUUUGAUAAUGUGAACUCGGAUCUUAUCCUGACUGUGAACUUUGUCUUGGUCAAUUCAGAAACACAGCGAAGAUAUAUUGUCAAAGAUGUUCUUGGCCACGGGACAUUUGGGCAGGUUGCUAAAUGCUGGGUUGCAGAGACUGACAGUUUUGUUGCUGUGAAGAUCAUAAAAAAUAAACCUGCUUACUAUCAGCAGGCAUGGGUUGAAGUAUCCAUAUUGACAACGUUGAAUAAGAAGUAUGAUCCUGAGGACAAGCAUCAUAUUGUUCGUAUUUUUGAUUCCUUUGUACAUCAACGUCAUUUGUGCAUCUGCUUUGAACUGCUCGAAACCAAUCUGUAUGAGCUUAUAAAAAUAAAUCACUUUAGGGGAUUAUCCUUGAGCAUUGUCCAAAUGUUCUCCAAACAGAUUUUAUGUGGACUGGCUCUGUUAAAGGAGGCUGGGAUAAUUCAUUGUGAUCUGAAGCCAGAAAACAUCCUUUUGUGCACAAGUGUGAAGCCAGCAGAAAUUAAAAUUAUUGACUUUGGAUCGGCAUGCAUGGAAGAUCACACCGUUUACUCCUACAUUCAGAGUCGUUACUACAGAUCUCCUGAAGUUCUUCUUGGGUAUCAAUAUACUACAACUAUCGAUAUGUGGUCGUUUGGCUGCAUUGUUGCUGAAUUGUUUCUAGGCUUGCCAUUAUUUCCAGGAGCUUCAGAAUUCGAUCUCCUUAAUCGAAUGAUUGAAAUACUUGGAGGUCAACCCCCUGAUUAUGUAUUAAAGGAGGCAAAAAACACAAGUAAGUUUUUUAAGCGCAUUGGAAGUGUCCACAAUAUAGAGAAUGGUGAAGUUUCGACAAAUGGCAGAAGUGCUUACAAAGUGUUAACAGAAGAAGAAUAUGAAGCUAGAGAGAAGAAAAAGCCAGUGAUUGGAAAAGAGUAUUUCAAACAUAUGAAUCUUGAAGCUAUUGUCAGAAACUACCCUUAUAGGAAGAACUUGCCUCAGGAAGAUAUUAUAAGAGAAGGGCAAAUACGACUAGCUUUGAUCGAUUUCUUGAGAGGACUUGUUGAGUUUGAUCCUGCAAAACGGUGGUCGCCUUUUCAGGCUUCAAAACACCCUUUUGUCACAGGGGAACCUUUCACAUCCCCAUACAAGCCUCCCCAAGAGACUCCCCGUCUGCCUGUAGCUCAAAAUAUCAUGGUGGACCACCACCCAGGUGGAGGACAUUGGUUUGCUGCUGGUCUCUCUCCUAAUAUUCCAGGAAGGAAUAGAGUUGCUCUUCAUAACAGCCCACACUUCCCGAUAGUGCCAUUUCAACAUGCCAACAGUUAUGGCAGUGUUGGAAGUUAUGGUAGCUAUAAUGAUAGUACAGGGCUUGGAAGCAGCUAUGGAAGCUAUGGAGACAGUAGUAAUGUGUUUGCAUAUUAUUCGCCUGUCGGUCCAUCUGGGAUGAACAUGCAUCCACAGGGCAAUGUCUCAAUGCUGGGAAGUAGUCCUGAUACGAGAAGAAGGGUUAUGCAAUACCCACAUGGAAGUGGACUUGGUAUAAGUCCAUCGGCUGGAAAUUUUACAUCACUGCCUCUUGGCAAUAGCCCCUCACAAUUUACUCCACCAAGUUCCUAUAGUCAAGUUUCUGCUGGCUCUCCUGGACAUUAUGGUCCAACCUCUCCAGCAAGAGGCAGUCAUGGAUCGCCUUUAGGAAAGAUGACUGCAGUUAGCCAGUUUAAUAGAAGAAAAAGUUGGGGAUAUUCCGGAAAUUCUCAAUCUCAAGAGAGCCUGUCAUGUUCUCAUUGGCAAGGGCAAUUUACCGAUGGCUCUAGUUCUUCACAAACUGAAGGAAAUUCUCAGGUACUUCAUGGUUCUCCAUCGCAUCUGCAAUCAGGUUCUAAUGCUGCAAGCUGGAAGCAGCAUCGUGGAGGCACCAGAAUCUCUGCUGGUUACUCUCCCUUUCAGAGCAUGCCGGGUUCCUCUACACUUGGUUCUAAUAUGCAAUUGGCACAAACUGCAGGAUCAGCUUCUGAAAAGCCUGAGGUUGGCCUCUCACCGCCUGAUCCUGGAGAUUGGGAUCCCAACUAUAGUGAUGAACUUCUUCUACAAGAGGACGGUUUGGAUAUAAGUGCCGUGACAACCAACUUCAGCAAAAAUGUGCAUCUUGGACCUGCAGAACCAUUGCUCGGGGAUGGAAGAUUCAACCAUGUCUCGAGUACAAUUUCAAAUUUCUCUGUACAGAGACAAAAUGGACCUGGUCAAGCAUUUUCACAUAUGGAGAUUGGUAGCCCUCCUUCAGCUCAUGAUCCACUUCACGGAUAUGUCCGCCCCAUGUCAAAUCCUUCCCACUUUGUGCCUAAUAUCUCACAAAAUUCUCCUAGUCGUUUGGGACAGCAACCUGUUCAGCGGUUCAGCUAUGGACGAGCACCCAGCAGUCGGGUUGGUGAUUCCAAUCAUGUGGUGGUUCAGCCCCCCUUCUCCAGCUUUAAUUCUGGGGGCGUGCGUUCUCCUGGAAAUAGCUCAUUCAGCAAUGGCAUGCCAUGGGGUCGUAGAGGCAAUCAUCCUAUCACAAACAUGCCACCGACAUCCCGUGGGAGGAAAGACUAUGGAAGGAUAGCCUAAUGUUGAAUCAGCUUAUUCUUUUUACGAUGAGAGAUCUGGCUUGUGAGAUAGGCAAGAAAGUCAUUCUCAAUAGUUAGCUGCCCAGUGGGCUGUUAGAAAAUCCUCAUCCAGAUCAUGCUCAUUCGUUGUGCUUGCAUAGAUAUAAUUUAUGAUUAUGGGUUAUUGUGUCUUCUUACUAAUCUAAGCAAUCAAUAUUCUUUUAGUCAUGAACUUUCAAGGCAUUUUUGAGCCUGUUUCUUGAGUGCCUGAUUUUUUUAAGUUUAAAUAUUGUACUAAUACUGUGAUUUUUUUUUCCUUUUUUUUUUUGUUCUCCCCUGUUUGAAGGAAUCUAACCUUAUUAUUGAAGUAUUUACAUUGCAGCUGCUGAAGAAGAAUUGCAACAGGUGUAAGUUGAUCUAGGAAUAGCCAGUGGGUCUCGUCGUUUUCUCUUUGUUUAGAGGGUGGAAUUGUAAAGAGACAUUUUGCUAAAAGAAGUUAUUUGUCGUAUUUAA